AUGGCAGCGCUGUGUCGGACCCGUACCGUGGCUGCCAAGAGCCAUUUUCUGCGAGUGUGUCUCUUCCCGAGCCCCUUUCCGGGCGCAGGCGCUGAGACUGGUUCUGAGAGUGGAAAUUCCGAUUCCACUGAGCCUAGGCCGCGCCCAGGUGGCCUCGCAAACGCGUUGGAAUGGCACUCGGAACUACAGCGGAAGGUGGAGCUCGGAAGGGACUCCCCACAAAAUGUGGAAUCCUUCAAGUCUAUGCGGAGGCGUUCUCCUCUUACACAGAUGGGACCUGCCAAGGACAAACUGGUCGUUGGAUGAAUCUUUCAUAUUGUGGAGAAUGAUCUCUAUAUAGAUUUUGGUGGCAAGUUUCAUUGUGUAUGUAGAAGACCAGAAGUGGAUGGAGAAAAAUACCAGAAAGGAACCAGGGUCCGGCUGUGUCUAUUAGAUCUUGAACUUACAUCUAGGUUCCUGGGACGAACAGCAGAUACAACUAUACGAGAGGCUGAUGCAGUUCUCUUAGGACUCCAGGAUGGCAAAGACUCAAAAUCAAAAGAAGAACAUCACGAAAAAUAA